AUGCGCGUCACCUCGGAUGGGCUGCUGGCACUCUCGAGGCUAUGCCUACACAGCCUCGCGCGCAUGGGCAGUCAAGAGGGACCAUGCACCUUCUCAGGACAGCGCCGGGUCUCGCAGGGAAAGGGCCAUCAAGUAAACACAGGGACCGGGCUGAUCACGCCUGGGGCUGUGUGGCUUGUGCUGAUCAGAGGCAGUCGCUAUGUCCCAGACAGUGGAGGCGCCUGGAUCGCCGCUGUGCUGCAGGUCGGCGGCCGCCAAUACUCCGUCUUUGAGGGCGUCUUCCUGCGGCCGUUCCCAAAGGCGCCUCCGUGGCUGGCGCGGAUUGAGGAGAUACGACCGCGCAUCGGCGGCAACAACAAGGUGCAGUACUGGCUGGCCGUCCGCUGGUUCUACCGCCGCUCCGACCUCGCGCCCUCCACGACGCACCGCCGCCCGAGGUGCGACGACGAGGGCAAGGAGGUGUACCUCGCCACGGGCAAGCUCGACGAGGUCUGCAGCAGCACCAUCGCCGGGCCGGCGCGCAUCCUCUGCGCGUCGGAUGCGCCAAACUAUGCCGCGCUGGCCGACGAGGCUGCGGCUGCCUGCGCUGCCGCCGGAUGCGUGGGACGGUCCCUCACCGCUGCCAAGCUUGACCGGCAGUGGCCGCCGUUCACGGACGUGUCGGGCGUGCAGCGGCGCGAGUUCACCGCGGUGAUCCCGCCGCCGGGCGACCGCUACGCGGGCGAGGGCUGCGCGCGGUGCGAGGUUGAGGGCUGCGACCGGCGCGGCGCAGUCUUUCACCUCAAGAACCUGCUCACGCACUCGCAGCCGCGCGGUGGGCAGCCGUCGCGCAACUUCACCGGCGAGGACGGCCGCUUCAUCUACUACCGCGGCAUGCGGCUCUCCUUCAUGUGCGGACAGGUGCUUCUCGUGCGGCGGCUGAACCUGAGCCAGAACCCGGCGCGCAACGUCAAGUUCCUCGGCAACCUGCAGGGGACGGAGGGCGAGUGGGGCGGCGCGCUGCACGCCGCCUCCGAGCGCGCGCACGCCGCCGGCCUCGUGCUGCUCAUGGCGCGGCAGUACUCGGACCUCAACGUCUCGCGCCCGGGCGGGCUCGACUCGAACCACUGCCUGCACCUCUUCAACCACUUCCGGCCGCCCGACAAGAAGAUGAUCUCCAAGUGGGAGACGUACUUUCCGGUCGCGCUCCACCGCACCUACGACCGCCUCGUGCGCCAGCCCCUCGCCAUCGCCGCCGAGCAGCUCUCGACGCUCUCGUUCGAGACGCUGUUUGACGCGCUACGCGAGAAGGAGCUGCGGCGCGCUGCGGCGGCCAGGGACCCGCGCCGCCGGUGGCUGCUGCUCGUCACGCGGCGGUGGCGCUCGCGGACGGCGCUCGUGGUCGACGACUCCGUCCUCGCGCGCUACCGCGACGGGCGCGAGUGGUACCGCGGCGCGCUGCAGGCGGUGCACGGCGACGGCACGGCAGACGUCCGGUACGAGGACGGCGACUUUGAGCGUCGGGUGCCCGCGGAGCGGAUCCUGUCGGCGGAGCGAGAGGAGGGGGAGUGGGAGUAUGCGGUGGCGGCGCCCGACGAGACCAAGGCGGACUCGGAGCAGCGCCACCCGUGGUGGCCCGCUUCGGAGCACUUUGUCGCCUUUGUGGAGGAGAGCGCGAGCGCGCGCGCGCGAGAGAGGUGUGUGCCCCUUCUCACUCGCGCCUCCACCGGCUGGUAG